AUUACUCGAGCACACAAGCAGGCGUGUCUGAAGCUGGGGAGGAGGCGCAGCACGCUACAAAAUCCAACAAACGCUCAAAUCCGUCCAUUAGCUUGUUGCUUCAUGUUCAACCGAGAAUCGGAAAAGAUGUCCAGCGUCAACUGGAAGCCUUUUGUUUACGGGGGACUGGCUUCUAUGACGGCGGAAUGUGGUACAUUCCCAAUCGAUCUAGCCAAGACGCGUCUCCAGGUUCAGGGUCAGGUGGGGGACAGUAAAUACCGAGAGAUCCGGUACCGCGGCAUGUUGCACGCUAUUGUCAGGAUAGCAAAAGAGGAAGGGAUCCGGUCACUGUAUUCAGGAAUAGCCCCCGCCAUCCUGCGCCAGGCAUCCUAUGGGACCAUCAAAAUUGGCACAUACCAGAGCUUAAAGAGAUUACUUGUGGAUAGGCCCGAGGAUGAGACAAUGCUGACUAACGUACUGUGUGGCAUACUCGCUGGAGUCAUCUCUUCAUCCAUCGCAAACCCCACUGAUGUGCUGAAGAUCCGCAUGCAAGCCCAAGGAAGGGUGAUCCAGGGAAGUAUGAUGGGCAACUUCAUCAACAUCUAUCAGCAGGAAGGGACCAGGGGACUUUGGAAGGGUGUCUCUCUAACCGCUCAGCGAGCAGCCAUUGUGGUCGGAGUGGAGCUUCCAGUCUAUGACAUCACCAAGAAGCAUCUGAUCCUGUCUGGUCACAUGGGCGACAACGUGUACACGCAUUUCUUGUCCAGUUUCGUAUGUGGCCUGGCAGGGGCGUUGGCCUCCAACCCGGUAGAUGUAGUCCGGACGCGGAUGAUGAAUCAGAAAGGAGGAGCUUUGUACCAGGGAACACUCGACUGUAUACUGCAGACGUGGCGCUCGGAGGGUUUCAUGGCACUCUACAAGGGCUUCUUCCCAAACUGGCUUCGUCUGGGUCCGUGGAACAUCAUUUUCUUCCUCACAUACGAGCAGCUCAAGAAGAUCAACGUUUGAGCGGCGGAACCAGAGCGAGCACUACUUGAGAGACAGACGGGCGGAAGGGUCUCGACUGUCAGGAUUGGAAUGGAUCCAUGAUAGAAAGACCGAAGGAGUAAACAGGGCUCCAUGGAGACCCUCGUUUGCUGUAGGAAAGAUUUGUGAACGUGUGUGUGAGUUUGUGUGGGUUAGGGGGUAUCGGGCCUGCUCCUGUGGAGACUGCUGCGACGUUUGCACGUACUUGAAUCUGAUAUUUUAGCUCAUCCAAAUGCUUCGUCAAGCCAAACCUUUCAUUCUGACUCGAUUGAGAGAUUUAUGUAACAGUGGCCUCUGUGUUCAUUCAUAAUUGUAUGAGGCUUGUUUUCCAGGCCUCUUCUACUUAAAAAACGAGUGCCUUCAAGUUUGCCGAUAGAAAAUGUUGCACAAGUUGAAGAGCAGCUGACAAUCACUGCAGUCAUUCCUUUCUUAAAUAGAGUGUUGCAGUUUGUCAACGGAGUCCACAAAUGGUCUUCUGUGUACUUGGG